GCUGGUCCUGGUGAUCCUGCUUCCGUACAGAGAGAAAGAGCCUCCACCUACCUUCUAUCCUUCCCUCCCUGGUUCCUCACUCCCUCUCUCCCCCGCGGGCUGGCAGGAUUCCUCGGGCAGAGCAUGCAAUCAGUUCGCAGGGAGCAGCCGCAGCCACAGGAAAGAUGCAGAAGCACAGUCAGAAGGAGCACCUCUACAAACUGCUGGUGAUUGGGGACCUGGGAGUGGGCAAAACCAGCAUCAUCAAACGUUAUGUCCACCAGAACUUCUCCCCCCACUACCGGGCCACCAUCGGAGUGGACUUUGCUUUGAAGGUGCUGAGCUGGGAUGCUGAGACUGUUGUGCGGCUGCAGCUCUGGGAUAUUGCGGGUCAGGAAAGAUUUGGAAACAUGACCAGGGUAUAUUACAGAGAGGCCAUGGGGGCAUUUAUUGUCUUUGAUGUUACAAGACCUGCAACGUUUGAAGCGGUGACAAAAUGGAAAGAGGAUUUGGACUCUAAGUUGGUUCUUCCAAAUGGCAAACCUGUGCCGACAGUCCUCUUAGCAAACAAAUGUGACCAGGGAAUAGAUGUUCUUAUGAACAACGGCAUCAAGAUGGAUCAGUUCUGCAAAGAAAAUGGGUUCGUGGGCUGGUUUGAAACAUCAGCCAAGGAAAAUAUAAACAUCGAUGAAGCUUCCAGAUGCUUGGUGAAACACAUCAUUGCUAGUGAGAGUGAUCCAGUUCAGUCUGAGGAACCAGAUAUUAUAAAACCACACUUGAAUUCAUCCAAGGUUGUCACUUGUUCAGCUUGCUUUAAAUCCUAA